AUGAUUGGAUAUGGUACCCAAGAAUUGACAUCGGUUGAGUACAGUGAAGCGGGUUUGAUUACUGGAGUUGCGACGAGAUUUCUUGUACAACCUCUUGAUGUUUUAAAAAUUCGAUUUCAAGUGCAAAGAGAACCAACAUUCGGUAAAAGUAAAGGACGGUAUCAUGGCAUCUUUCAAGCUUGCUCACGAAUUUAUAAGGAUGAAGGAUUAGUGGCAUUCUGGAAGGGUCAUGUUCCUGCUCAAGGAUUAUCCGCCGUUUAUGGAAUUGUGCAGUUUGCCACUUUUGAGUUCCUUACUGAACAGGCAACUCAAUACCCUCUUGCAAAUGAAAAUCGACGAAUAACGGAUAUAAUAUGCGGAGCGUUAGCUGGAUGUGGAGCCAUGGUUUCCUCAUUGCCGUUUGAUGUUAUCAGGACAAGAUUAGUCAUUCAAGACCAGCAUAAAAUUUAUAAUGGGAUGUUACAAGCUGUGAUCUUCAUUUGGAACUCGGAAGGUUUCCGUGGUUUUUUCCGAGGAAUCACUCCAUCUUUAAUUCAGAUUGCUCCUUUUAUUGGCUUGCAGUUUUCCUUAUACAAUGCUCUGAGCAAUUCAUGGGAAAGACUUCCAUAUUACUUAGAAUCUUUUGGAUCGUUGUGUUGUGGUGCCUUGGCUGGUGUAAUAUCGAAAACAGCGGUGUAUCCCUUAGACGUUGUGCGACAUCGUUUACAAGCGCAUGGCUUCGGUCGUUUCAAUCAAUCACCAUGGCAUUCGAUGCAUUCCACUAUUACGACCAUUCUGAGAGAUGAAAAAGUUGCAGGACUGUUCAAAGGAUUAUGGCCAUCACAGCUCAAAGCUGCUUGCAGUUCCGGUUUAGCCUUCACGUUUUAUGAAAUUUGUCUGAAAGUAAUGCAAGAUCUCAAAUCGCACUAA